UAAAGGAAUUUGCUCAGGGGGAGGAGACAGCUGCUGCUCGGAUGAAGGAUUUUUCUGAGCAGGCCUCCCAAGCUGGCCAUGUCAGUAUGAGAUGCUGCCUGCACUUUUCAUCAUGACCAACAGGUUGUUAAACUGCAAUCAAAAGCACUUAGUAGGAAUGGAUCUGUCCCUGUUAUGAGGUCUGAACUUCUGACACCUUUAUCCACUGGAACUUGAGUGCCCAGGAUGCAUCACGGAGUUUUACAAGCCCUGCAGCUGUGAGCUGGUUGCAGCAUGAGGAAAAGCCCUCCGUCACCCCAAUGCACAAGCAAGAGAAGACGGAUGAUAGUAGCUGUCCUCCUUCGAUACUGAGGAAAAGGCCACCUGUGGACCAAGCUUUGGGGGAAAAGCGAAAAGCAGAGAGAAGAGUUCGAUUUCGUGAGCCAGAAGAAGUCAUUGAACAUACCAUUUCCUGCUGUGACUACGUAGUGGUACAUGACAGGUCAUCGUCUGGAUUGCCUGUGUUCCUGUGGCUUUCAUUCUGUGCCGUGCUGAUCCUGGCUGUGAGUCUCUACUACACCAGCAUGAAGCAAGAUUUUAAAGUCCUGGAAGAAUUUCAGUCCAGACUUGUUAUCUUCUUUCUUCAGAUUAGACACAUUGCUCAGAAAUGCUGGACUUGGUUUACGAGGCAAUAACAAUGUUCUCCGACUGCAAAGGGCCUGUCAAACAUCUCCGAGCACUGCUAACCAGCACGUGGCCACAAAAAGCUCCCGGUCCCCUCCAGCCAUAUGCCAUGGAAAGCAUGCGCACCCAUUUUGAAAAACAGUAAAACCACCCCUGUUGUGCACUUCCUGGAGCCAUUUGUUCUCCUUUCUCUUUUGUCAUUACCGUAUGGUCACAGUAGAAACGAGAGGUCUCACCACACUUGGGCUUCAGCAUCCUGGACAGUGAACGAGCAUCUUUACUUUGUCCCCCAAAGAAGUUACAAACUGUAGAUCUGAGGAGCAGAAGCAGCUAGAGAAAUUAACUGAUAUGUGCAGGCAGCAGCAAGCUCUGAAGAUAAGCCUGCGGAGUCUCAGGUCAAGGCAUUAACUACCAAACCACCUUUCUCCUCAAGUCUCCUAAGGGCAAUUCUGCAAAAGUUAAAACAAAGCUGAACUAUUGCACAAACACUACUCUUGCGGCCAAAGGCUUGGCAAGUUUGCUAUAUUUCUACACCUGUGAGAUGACUGUUAGUAAAAUCCUGGCAAAUGGUUUUCUUCUUUUCCUUCAUGCAUUUUUGCCUCCAUUGGCAAAAACUGUUUCUUAAUGUUUCCCUUGACUCCCAGGUGUGAAAAAGCAUGAAAACUCAUUUAAACGGUAAAUAGUGUAUUUGCCUAAUAUCAUGCACAACAGCCUUGAAUCCCAGCUUAAUUAUCAAAUCAGUAGUUUAAUCCUCUGUGUUUGAUUCAGUCCAUAAACCCCACGAGCUGAGCUUACAAGGUUUAUGACAGCGCUUGCAUUCAGACAGAGAUUAUACAUUUAUGCCUGUGUGUUCAAGGCCUGAUAUAAUGGUAGUACAGACUGUUUAUGAAGAUGCUGGGGAUACAGCCCUUCUAUCCUUCCGUUAUCAGACCAUAGCGUGCACCUCUCCGAAGGGAAUCAUUUCAAUGGAGCUCGUGCAAUAAAUGUGGAACAUUGUCCUGCUCAUCUGAGAGGAGAGCAAGUGCAUCCAAGCUUAUGAACAGCAUCUUUCUCAGCUUUGUUUUCCUCCUUGACAAAAAUAUCAGCAGCAGCUUUUUACGCCUUAAAUUCUUUUCAAGUGACAUUAAAGAAAUGCACAUGAUGCAUGCUUCGUUUUAUUCAGUAUGAUAAGGACGACAUCAGAACCUGUAAAAGCUGAAGAAAACAAAAAAGAGAGAGAGAAAACACUGCAGAGAAUAUGGAAGUGAUGUUUGCAAGACCAUGUCUUGAACUACCCUGCCAUUGCAACCAAUCAAAAAGAAGAAAAUCUGGUGCUUUAUUUUUAAUUGACUUUAAAAAAAGAGAGGGCAACAUUUCUUUCCCACAGCAAUCUUCCUCCAAGCAGCCCACAGACUUAAACAAGGCAAAGGAUGAAACAGGAACAAAAUAUGCAGCCUGCGCUCAAGGGGAAGGUGGGCAUCAAUCUGAUUGAUUGAAAAUGGAUCCAAAAAGUUGCAGUGUCAGAGACAAAAAGAGGUCACUUCAGGGGCUAUUCUCAUGCUCAUCCUGAGACAUCAAAGGCCCACAGCAACGGCAUAUGAUGAGCUGCCAGUUCGGGAACCAGAGACUGUUGCAGGAGGCAUGUAGCUCAGUGGCUCUUUGCACAAGCCCAUCAUGUACCCUGAGCUUCCAUGGUAAGUUCCACCGUUGCUUCCCUUCCCUCUGCCUCCACCUCAGCUCUGCUUUUUAGAUAAUAAAGAAGAAAGAUUUUAAACUUG